CCCGAUGCGCUCCACUGAUCCCAACAUAAUCUCAUUUAAAGUAGAGACAUUACAGUUCCACGUCAGCUUCAGUAACAACUUACAGAGUCUUCAUAUGAACGUCCAGUCAGUACCAGAACACAGAGACCAAUGGAGUAUGGAAGUCCUUAACAUCAUCCAGCAGUACUUUGAUUCCAAGGUUGCCUGUCCUCCGUACAAAGUGAACGCCCUGAGAGCCUUCUGUAGAAUACUGGAGACCCCCAUCAGAAUCCUCAAAGACUGUGUUCAACUCAUGAGAUUGGAACUGAUGGGUCCUAACCAGUCCAGUGGUAUGAAGUGGUCCAUGCAGUGGUGUCUAACAGUACCACCACAGGCGGCGUUUGUGGCUCCAGCAGGGACUGCCGCCGUUGCCAAGAACAAACAGAUCAAGAUGUUACUCAUGAUCCAGUUCACCCGUAUCCAGCCCCCGUCCGGCCAGGAGCCCCAGUCUAUUAUCGUCCCCCUCCUGUACGACAUCAGCGCCAACACCAUACAACACAUGGACCCCGUCAGGGGCCAGCCCCAGACCCCAGCCUACAUGGCUGUUUCACAGCUCCUACAGAACUUCUACCAUGCCCAGAGUGCCGAGUGUAUACUGUACCCCGCGGUACAACACAUCAUGUCUAACCUUAAUCUAUAACACAUCAUACAAUGUCACAGCUCCUACAGAACUUCUACCAUACCCAGAGUGUAUCCUGUACAAAGUGGUACAGCAUAUUAUGAGAAAUCUGAACUGAUAAUGCGGGUUUUAUAGGCCUUACAUACACAAAAUUUAAUAAAAUCAUAAUUGCUCAGAGUGCUUAGUGAAGGCUGUUCCCUGCUGUAUUAAUGCAACAAAUCUUAUUACAAGGGCCCCAUGGCUAAUCUUCUUCAGAUAUCCAAAAUCAUAAUUUGCUGCUUUACUUUAUGGCUUUAAGUUCCACAGAUUAUAUGGCAGUAAGAAAAGCCAUCACGUUGUAAUCAGAGCAAGCUUAAAGUUAUCCUGCUUAUUCUAAAUUAUUUUUCAAUAGCAAUGAGCAGUGUUGGAUUUAUAUUAAUCUGUGGAUGUUAUUUCUAGACUUAAUAAAUAUGUAUCUGUUAUGCAUUUAAUUGAAUUAAAUGUUAAGCUGUUUUAUUUGGUAGGAACAUUAAAUGUACAUAAAAUGUCUUUACGUUGGGUCUUAAGCCAAAAUAUUCUGAUAAUAUGAUAAGACUCUCAUACUCUUCUUUUCAUGAGCAAUUAUUUCUUUUAGAAUAUGAACAAGGAAAUUUCUUACGAUGUGCAUUGUACAUGUAGUUGUAUAAAAAAAAUAUUGAUGCUCACA